AUGAACUUCACGACUAGCCUGCUCAGGUCUCCUAUCAAACGGUACCGGGACUCGCUUCGAAAGGCUGGACCUAAGGUGGUGUGGAGUCCAUCAUUGUUGUACUCGGCCGCAUUCUUUGCCGGGACGGCCAUUCCAGCCACGUGGGAUCAAGGCUCCGCAUCCGUUCUGCCCUCCUUGCCGGGAUUUCAAGAGCAGUUUGGGAUCAGCUCUGGCUCCAGCGGGAGCCAACUGAGAAACUUCAUAUCUCUCAUCUACAUCGGAUACGCUGUUGGCGCGGCCUUGUCCUUCCCUGUCAACGACUGGAUGGGUCGCCGCGCAUCUUUCCGGAUCUAUUCCUCGAUCUACAUUGUUGGGCAGCUUAUCGCGAUCCUCGCACCAAACAAGGCUGCCAUGUACGCAUCUCGUAUUGUCGUGGGUAUAGGAAUCGGAUCACUGGCAAAUUUGGGACCGCUCUCUAUCGCAGAAAUAGCCCCUCCUGAGAUGCGAGGCCUCCUCAGCGCCUGGUUUGGCAUCGCCAUGAGUCUUUCUCUCGUUGUGUCUACGUUCAUGACUUAUGGCAUCUAUCUGCAUCUGCCUCCAAGCCGACUACAGUAUCAACUGGUCUGGAUUGUACCAUGCGUGUUCAUAUUUCUGUGUUGCAUUGCCAGCUUUUUUGUUUGCGAAUCUCCCCGUUGGCUGGAGCUGGCAGAUCGUUCAGAAGAUGCCUUAUCUACACUGGUUCGUCUUCGUCGACUGCCGUUCGACCACGAGCGGGUGCAGGCAGAAUAUCAGCAAAUCCGAUCGGCCGUUCAGGAGGAGAGAGUCGCUUUCCAUGGUUUCCGCUCCGUCUCGGGCCUUGGAAGGCUCAAUUCGACCGUUCGGGAAUUGUUCACAGUCAGCUCAAACGUUCGCCGGCUACACAUCUGCCUGGUCUCUUACGCCUUGGCGCAACUUUCCGGCGCCAACACCAUCACGUCUUACUUCGUGCCGAUCUUGAAUAUCGCAGGCAUCGCCGAGGGCAACAAGGCCGAAGGCAUUAUGUUGAGCGGCUUCUACGCCGUUGCAAAGCUCGUUUUCGUGACACUGGCUUCGUUUGUCUUCAUCGACCUCUUGGGCCGACGAAGGUCGUUGUUCUUUGGAGCCACAUUGCAAGGUUGCACAGACAUCUACAUGGCCGUUUACCUCAAAGUCAGGCAAGAUACUGGAGUGAGCGCAAGUGCAUCAGAAACAGCCUUGGCUAUGCUUUUUCUCCACGCCUGGGGAUACAUCGUUGGACUUUUUAUAAUGCCAUACGUCUUUGGAGCCGAGCUAUGGCCCACGCGAAUUCGAUCGCUCGGGGGAGCAAUUUCGGGAAUCUUUCACUGGCUAUUCCUCUACGCAAUGCAGGUAGCCCUCCCUUCUUUGCUGGAUCGUACGCACAACUGGGGAGCAUUUGUCUUCUUUGCGUCGUGGUGCUUGGUGGCUAUUCUUUACACCCACUUCAUGAUCCCAGAGGUGUCUGGCCUUACGAUGGAAGAAAUAGAGGCUGUAUUCAAAGGGUCUUGGUUCAAUGCCAACACCGUCAGCAAGAGGCCGAGGACCAUGAGUGGUAUUAGUCCAAAAGAUGAAGACAAUGCCACUGGCAACGAGCGGGCAGAUAGUAAAAGCAAAACGGUGGCGUCUGAGGGAGUCGUGUAA